AUGGGUUCCACUCGCCCCUUCACCAUCAAGGACGAGCCAAUUGAGAAUCAGCGGCCCUUGAAGAUCCGUGUCAUUGGCGCGGGGUACUCUGGCAUAUAUCUAGGCAUUCGCAUACCGCAAAGGCUGCGGAAUGUAGACUUGCAGAUUUAUGAGAAGAAUGAGGGUAUAGGUGGGACUUGGUGGGAGAACAGAUAUCCAGGCUGCGCUUGCGACAUUGCCUCCCACAGCUACCAAUACUCAUUCGAUCCCAAUCCGAAUUGGUCGGCUUUCUACGCGCCCGCGAAAGAAAUAUGUGGGUAUCUGCAAGCCAUGGCUGAUAAAUAUGGGGUUAUGAGACAUGUGAAGCUGCUGCAUAAGGUUACAAGCUGUAAAUGGGACGAACAGGCGAGGAAAUGGAACAUCACAGUGGAAAACACCAAGACAGGCGAAGUCAUUAAGGACGAUGCUGACGUUUUACUUUCGGCCCGUGGGAACCUGAAUGAUAUUUCUUGGCCUAAAAUCCCGGGCUUCGAGGCUUUCAAAGGGGAAGUCAUGCAUUCUGCGGCUUGGAAUCAGAAUUACGACUUCAAGAACAAGCGGAUUGGGGUGAUAGGUGGCGGCUCAAGUGCCAUCCAGAUUGUGCCGAAUCUUCAGAAAGUGGAGGGAACACAGUUAGCUUGCUUUGUAAGAAGUAGGACAUGGAUAUCAAACCCGUUUGGUGAUGCUGCGAUGAUCAAACUUGGGAUGGACCCAACACAACUUAAUUUCUCUUUUGAACAACGCAAAGGAUUUGCGACCAAUCCCCAAAAGUUUCUUAAGUUCCGCAAAGCUAUUGAAGAGGAUGGGAACACGAUCCAUGGAGUAACAUAUAAAGACUCUGAACUGCAGAAUGGGGCCGUAGAAGCAUUUCGAGCAAUGAUGAAGGAGCGCUUAGCAAAGAAGCCCGAGAUCGUUGAUGCUCUGACGCCUUCAUUCGCAGUAGGUUGUCGACGUCUUACCCCAGGCCCAGGCUAUCUCGAGGCUCUUGUCGAAGACAAUGUCGAGUUCAUCUCUGACAAAAUUUCCUCCAUCACACCUUUGGGUGUGGCUCUGGAAACCGGUCGAACAGUUGAGAUCGAUGCUCUAGUCUGCGCAACCGGCUUCAACAGUGGCAAACCACCACCCUUCGAAGUAUACGGAAGAAACGGCCUCUCGCUCCAGCAAAAGUUCACACCGUACCCCGAAACCUACCUCACUAUUGCAGUCGACGGCUUCCCCAACUUCUUUAUGAUGCUUGGACCCAACUCCGCCAUCGGAAGUGGGUCUCUAACUAUGAUGAUAGAGACCGAGGGCGAUUAUAUCAUAAAAUGCAUCCGAAAACUACAGAAAGAAGACUACGCCUCCAUGAGCCCCAAACCCUCGCGCGUCCACGAUUUCUCGGAGUACUGCGCCGAGUAUUUCAAGAAAACAGUCUACAUGGACGAAUGUAACUCUUGGUACAGAUCCGAAAGCAAAAAGGGGGUGAGAAUCACGGGACUGUGGCCUGGCAGCACGUUGCAUUGUCUUGAAACGCUAAGAGCGCCGCGGUGGGAAGAUUUUGAGUAUGAGAGCAGAGAUGAGAAUCGUCUGCGGUGGUUGGGUAAUGGGUGGAGUGUUACGCAGCUGGAGGGCCAGGGAGAUCCAGCGUGGUAUCUCGAACCAGGCUUUUUCAAUGUGCCGGUGCAGGGGAAGCCCGAAGAGGAUGGGGAUUUUAAGAUAAGGCCUUUUUCGCACUAG